AUUGUGGGGUGGACAUGGGUCUGUGUGCCGUGCUGUUGAUUUGUCUCUCACAGGCAGAGCUGACCAGAGUGUGGGCUCAGGAGCAGAAAGGUAUAAUUCACGGGCAGUCAGUUAAGACUGAUGGAGGUCCAUCAGACAUCCAGAGAACAAGAAGAGACCAGCAAGAUCCCAGCAGACGCACUCAGAACAGAACUGGACAAGAGCCGACCAAUAGGUUGUCCAUUGACAUGCUCCCUGACAAUAUGACACGAGUGGUGGAGGACUCCCAGAGGUACUACUCCUGGCGCAGUUUUGGUCCUGGUGACAAACGCACACAGGAUCUCUGGGUGGAUCUUGAUUCAGUGCAUCAAGGACCUGUCAGAGUGCACGCUAUCCUAUCCAACACACACCGACAAGCAUCGCGGUUGGCACUAACCUUUGACUUCUUUUUCUAUGGACAUCAAGUGAGACAAAUCACCAUAGCAACUGGAGGGUUUAUUUUCACUGGAGAGAUAACACACCGCAUGCUGACAGCGACGCAGUAUAUUGCUCCACUCAUGGCAAACUUUGAUCCCAGUUUUUCUAAAAACUCCACUGUGCGGUAUCUGGACAAUGGUGACAUAUUUGUGGUGCAGUGGGACAACGUGAGGCUGAAAGAUCGAGAGACUGAAGGAGCUUUCACCUUCCAGACUGUUCUCUGUCAUAACGGGACCAUUGUUUUCAGCUACAAAGACGUUCCUUUGCCUGUGGAGAAAAUCAACUCCACUGAGCAUCCAGUGAAAGUGGGACUCUCUGAUGCCUUCAUGGCUCUUUUGUCUUCUCCACAGUCUCCAGGUGCUAAACGGCAGACUAUUUAUGAGUACCAUCGGGUGGAGAUUGACACAACAAAGAUUGUCAAUAUCUCAGCAUUUGAGUUUACCCCCUUACCAACCUGCCUCCAGCACAAUUCCUGUGAACAAUGUAUCCAGUCCAACCUGACAUCAGGCUGUGGGUGGUGCAAUACUCUACAAAGGUGUUCGACUGGAAUAGACCGAUACAGGCAAGAAUGGCUGGACUACAGUUGCUCUGAGGAGGUGGCCACCACCACCACGGAGCAGAAGACCACCACGGCGGAGCAGAAGACCACCAGAGCACAGCUCAAGACCACCAUGGCGGAGCAGAAGGAGCUGAAAACCACCAGAGCGUAG